AUGAAACCGUCAAGCUUGGCUGCUUUAGCGGCCUCUCGUUCGAGCGAAGCCACCGCAACCGCGCGCCUAGCCUCGUUGGUGAACAACGUCGGGUUCAAUAAUAGGAAACCGACGCUGGAGUACACGAGCUCGGAGUACGCGGCGCUCAUGGGGACGAAUUUAGAGGCAUCAUUUGAGUUUUGCAAGGAGUUUCACGGCAUGCUGCGAGCGAGCGGGAGCGGGGCGAUUGUGUUCAAUAGCUCCGUUUCGGGACUGACGAGCACGGCGACGGGCUCUCUGUACGCGAUGAGCAAGGGCGCGAUGAACCAGCUCACGCGUUAUCUCGCGUGCGAGUGGGCAAAGGAUAACAUACGCGUCAACGCAGUCGCGCCGUGGUACAUAGCGACACCGCUCGCGAAGCAAGUGUUGAAGAACGAGACGUAUCGUCGAGCCGUCGUCGACCGCACGCCCGCCGGCCGCGUCGGCGAACCCCCCGAGGUCGGCGCCGUCGCCGCCUUCCUCGUCGCCCCCGCGAGCUCGUACGUCACCGGCGUCGUCAUUCCGAUCGACGGCGGUUUCACCGCUCACGGAUUCAUCCCACCAAAGCUGUAA